AUGAGGCGGCUCCUCUCUCCCUCGCGAUCCCCAACGGCGACGGCGGCUCCAAGCUUCGCCGCCGCUAUCCCCCUCCCUGUCUCCCCUUCCCCCACCCCCACCCCGCGUCCUUCCCCCCUCCCCUCACGCGUUAAGAAGUUUCUUGGUGUUGAUGGUGGUGGUGGUGGAGGAAGUAAUUGUGUUGGUAGUGGUGAGGAUAUGGCAAGGAAGAAUGCUCAGGAGGCUUACCAAAGGGUCCAGGAGGCUAAAGCGAAGUCCCGAGCUAGGUCCGGGGGUGCCAGAGCAGUCGUCUCUCCUCCUCCUCCUCCUCCUCCUAGGAAUGUGGGCACUCCCUCUCAACCCCUUAUCAUUUCUUCCUCAAGUUUGUCUCGACCACUCCCUUCUGCCCAACUACUCUCCGAGCCAGAGAAGAAGAAGCGCAAGACUUCGGAGUCUGGCUCUUCUUUGGGUGGUGAGGUAGUUAUUGAUGGCGCCAUUGUUGAUCCUCCUGUCCCCGAGGUUGUUUCCGAGUCAGAUUUAAAGACUCGGGGGCAGAGGAUUAUUGAGUCUCCUCCUCGUUCCCGAGAUGCUCCGAGUUCUUCAGCCAUUCGUCUGACUUCCUCUUCAGCUCCUCCUCCUGGUCCUGGUGGUGGUGAUUCCUCUACUCCUUUAAAGAAAUGA